CCUUGCAGUCCGGCCCUGGCCCUGGGAACCGGGAGAUCUCUCCAGACGUGGAGGCAGCUGAUGGCUCCCCUUAUUCGCCUGCCUUUCUCGGUCUCCUCAUCUGUAAGAUGGAAAUAAGCCUGUCUCGGUUAUUGUGAGGAUUGAGAUGGCAUGCGUGUGCAUGGCAUGUAGAGUUGCUCGAUGAAUGUGCAUUGCCUUCUGCUGUCAAGAGCUGUGAAAAUGUCUGACAGGACCCAGAUAGCUGCCAGAGCUUCCCUUAUUGAGCAGCUGAUGUCUGAAAGGAACUUUGAGGAUCUUGGCAACCACCUGACUGAGCUAGAAACUCUGCAUGUGACUAAGGAGCAUCUCCAGCAGACAGAUGUCGUCAGAGCUGUGUACAGAGUCCUCAAAAACUGCCCCACAGUGGCUUUGAAAAAGAAAGCCAAGUGUUUGCUGUCAAAAUGGAAAGCUCUUUACAAGGAUCCUCAUUUCAAACCACGGGACCCCACAUUCUUCCCUACCAGUGGAAAUAACAGAAACUCAGGACUUUCUUAUGACUCAAGUCAAGAGGAGACAUUGGGCAGUUCCAGUUCUGGUUCUCUGCUAUCAUCUCAAGACGUUAUGGCUCAAGCCACCGAAGUGAUUGUGCCUGAAGAUAGCCCUAGUCAAAUGGAACCAAAGGAAGAGCAUGUCAUGGGUGAUGGCCCUAAAUCCACAGGCAGGGGAUCAAGUGAGUCGCUGGAUCCUGCUGUGCCCGUGAGAAUUAAAUGCACAGAGCUGCUCUAUGAAGCUUUGACUAGUUCUUCCACCGAUCAGCCCAAAGCCGAAUUGUGGCACAACUUGGCAAGAGAAAUUGAAGAGCACAUUUUUACCCUGUAUCCAAGGAACCUCAAAAAAUAUAAAACUUGUAUCAGAAGCAAAGUUGCCAAUCUGAAGAACCCCAAAAAUUCUCACUUGCAACAAAACUUGCUCUCUGGGGCCAUGUCACCGAGAGAAUUCGCUGAAAUGACGGUGAUGGAAAUGGCAAGCAAGGAACUGAAACAGUUGAGAGCCUCCUAUACGGAAUGUGGCAUACAGGAACAUUGCCUUCCGCAAGUGACUGAGGGCACACCGACAAAGAAAAUAAAAUGCAGACGCUGUGAGAAGUUCAAUUGCAAGGUCACUGUAAUCGCCAGAGGGACACUUUUCCUUCCAAGCUGGGUGCGGAAAUCCAACCCAGACGAAGAAAUGAUGACCUAUGUCAUCUGUAAUGAGUGUGGAGAGCAGUGGUACCACAGCAAUUGGGUGUGCUUGUAGUUGUAAAUAAAUGUUCUCAAUACCACGUAACAGGAGUGCUGCC